UCAUACUGGUCCUCCAUUUCUACAUUUCUACAUUUCUUCUUGGCGGCGACCGAACUUCCUUAAUCGAUUACUCUUCCUUCUUACGCAUCUUGGUCGGAAAACGUGUAAUCGGGCGACAAUUGCUUUCCACCAUCAAGUAAUUGCCAUCAUUGUUCCUUUCUUCUCACACUACACUUUGUUUUCUCUCCCUAUUUCUUCUCGCAAGCUACUGCUCUAUGAUUGAUUGUCUUUACUGGGUUCUCUACUCGCCGUGCUUACGUUGCUUAGAACAUCUCCGGGGAUUUUUGUUUGUAAAUGUCGCAGAAAAGGCAGCAGUAUGAUGACGAGUAUCCAUCGGACGAUAAUGGGUCCGAUGAAAAACGUCAAAAUUUGGGAAGUGUGGUAUUGGACGUGAAGAGCAUGUGCAAGAACCUGUUUGAGAUGAAAACAUUGGAAUCCUUAGUCCGGAAAGUGGUAAAAGAAGAAAUUGAUAUGGCUUUGAAGAAGCAUUUUGGUAGUAUGAAGUGGAAAUCCGAGGAGGAGAUGUCUUCUAAGGAAUCAAGAAGCUUGAAGUUGAAAUUCAUAAAUAGUAUCUCUCUUCCAGUAUUCACCGGGGCUCGUAUUGACAGUGAAGACUCUAAGGCCUUGAGAGUAGCUUUACUUGAUUUGUCUACUGAUCAAAUUGUUCACUCUGGGCCAGGAUCAUCUGCAAAGGUGGAAAUUGUUGUCCUUGAAGGAUAUUUUGAUGCUGAUGUUGAAAGUAGUAAUUGGACACCUGAAGAGUUUAGUAACAAUGUUGUUCGAGAACGGGUAGGGAAGAAGCCUCUUCUUUAUGGAGAUACAUGUUUGAAACUUAAAGAGGGUGUUGGCUUGGUUGGAGAUAUUUUAUUUACUGACAACUCAAGCUGGACCAGAAGUCGUAAAUUUAGAUUGGGGGCAAGGAUCAUGGAUAAUGUUGAUGGAGUAAGAGUAAGAGAGGCAAUGUCCGAAUCCUUUGUAGUCAAAGAUCAUCGUGGUGAAUUGUACAAGAAGCACCACCCUCCGUCUCUGACUGAUGACGUAUGGAGAUUAGAGAAAAUUGGCAAAGACGGAGCUUUCCACAAGCGCCUGAGUAAAGAAAAAAUACACACCGUCAGAGACUUUCUGAGGUUGCUCAAUUUAAACCCUGCAAGGCUUAAAAAUAUCUUUGGCGGGGGUAUGUCUUCGAAAAUGUGGCAAGUUACGGUUGAACACGCUUGCACAUGCUUAAUUGGUGAAGCAUUGUAUCAUUACUAUCCGCCUGGAUCACAGCAGAAGAAGCGAGGGGUGGUUUUCAAUAUUGUGGGACAAGUCACUGGGCUAUUUAUCGAUUGCCAUUAUAACCCAGUUCAUAAACUUUCAGAGAUUGAAAAGGAUGAAUGCCAAAGAUUAGUGGAAUCUGCAUUUGAACAUUGGGAGGAUGUAACUAGCUACGAUAACGAAAGCUCUGUGUUAGAUCCAUCCAACAGCAAUUCUGGUUGUAGCAGUAAAAUGUCAACUAGAAUGGUCAUCGACGAUGGGUUUCUACUACCAACACAUUCACCCUACUCCUCAUCCUCAAUCAUUGAUAUCCAUGGUUUAGAUGACUUCAAAUUCCAUGACAUAGAUAUGGAUCUUAGACUCGAUGAACCUCCUCUAGGAACAACAACCUUCUCAUGUGAAGAUGGGUACUUACAGUAUUUAAAUACCGAUGAUACCCUUCAAACCCAAAAUUCGAAGUUUAUCUUGUCUCAGACAGGAGCUUUUGCACAGAGGAAAUGGAAAAUGUUAUUUAGUGUCAUCAGGUUCUUCUCGGUAAGAAGGAUUGUUGGCAAAAGAGAUAAAUUGUAGGGCAUCUUUAUUAGAAAAUACUAUACCAUUACUUCCUGAGUUGAACUUUUGUGUGCAGUUUAGAUAGGCAGGAAGGCAUUGGUAUACAAUAUGUUUACUUCUUAAUGGUUGUACAAAGAAACUUAGUAUAUUUUCAUUAUUGAGAAAUAGUUUAUGUAAUAGACUUUAUUUAAAUGUAUGAUGCUUAUGUAUCUUUAUUAGCAAAAGUCCUCUUUGGCUU